UACGUUACUUUCAAACAGCAAUUGCAACAGUUUUUAUAUUAUGCGAAACACGAAGUAAAUCUAUUUAUGAUGCUAUAUGGACAAAAAUAAAGGAAUUAAUUUCCGAUCUCGAAAGAAACAUUAAAUUCAUAAUGUUAGAUUAUGAACGUGCAGCAGGAAUAUCAGUUAGUGAAAAUUUUCCAUCUGCUGCAGUACGUGGAUGCUGGUUCCAUUAUAAUCAGGCAAUUUUUCGAAAAUGGAAAUGUUUAAAUUUGUUACAUGCACCUCAUAAUGUUUUGUUUAUGACAAUGACGUUACCUCUGGCUCCACCCGAAUAUUUCUCAGAAGCUUACAAAAUAAUAGAAAAACAAGCAGAUACAAUGGAAGAGUAUCCAGAUAUAUAUUUAUUUCUGGCAUAUCUACGUCGCAAUUGGCUUCAAGCCGCAUCGAAAGUUAGCGUUUAUAAAUGUCCUAUGAGGACUAAUAAUAUAGUUGAAUCUUUCCAUAACGUAGCAGCAAAAAAAUUUGGUUCGAAACAUCCAAAUUUAUGGUUGUUUUUAGAAAAGUUAUCCGACAUUCUUACUGAUCAAGAACUUGAUCUUGAAAGAGCUAAGAAUGGUUUACGUGUUAGACGAAUACGUUCACGUUCAGAAAAACAAAACAAUUUACGUAUAGUAGAACUUCAGGCAGAUCUUGUUACUGACAGGAUAUCCUUAGAACAAUUUUUAAAAAUGUUUUACAAUCAACAUCGAGACCGACAAUACAGCAUGCAGCAAUUAAUACAUGAAGAUGCCAAUAACGACGAUGAUGUACAUCUAGAAUAUUUCUCUGAAAUACAGAAUGAAAGAGCGCUGGACAUUCAGUAACGUUUAUGACUUAGAUCAAAAGACAAACAAGUUAUAUGACUAUUGCCAUACUCUUAUAUAUUAUACGUAUAUUUGUAUAUAUAUUGUAACGUUCCAUUUGUAAGUUUACAUUUAUUCCAUUCUACUUUACUUUUACAAUAUUUAGUCAAGUUAAGGGUUUUCUUAUAAGGUCCGAAGGAAGAUUUCUUUUAAGUUUUUAUACAAUUCUUUUUUUUCAUGAGUUCUGUGGCAAGACAGUUAGGAUGCUCGAUUAGCCUAUUACGAUAUUUCAGGUUGUAUUCCUUAAUAGUUUCCUUAACUGUUAGAAUGUUUAAGUCGCAACAAAAUAACUAUUUUGGAACGUACCGUGGCGCGUUUGUAAUUAUUUUGAGA